CCAGCUUAUUUAGCAUUUUGGUUUCGACCAAUCGAUAGAGAAAAUGAAACUAGAUUACGUAGUUCUAUUGCUGGCAUUCACUUUUUGUGUGACCAGCGAAAAGGUGCGAUUUGAUAACCAUCGGGUCUAUGAAGUAUUUGUCAAAAAUAAUGAACAACUUAAAGCGCUGCAGAGCUUGGAAUCGAAUUGGGAUGGCUACACAUUUUUGGAAUCUCCUGUUCAAAUAAAUAUGAAGCUACGAAUCGUAGUUCUACCGCACAAAUUUGAUAAUUUUGAAGAAGAAUGCUUACGUUUAGAUCUGGAGAACACGAUAGUGAUUCCAAACCUUCAAGAAGUGAUCGACAAUGAGAGACCACAACGAAGAAAACGGGCGGGAUUCGGGUGGGAAGAUUAUUAUACAUUGGAUGAAAUGUACGCAUGGUUUGAUGAGCUGGUCCAGCAGUAUGGAGACAUUCUCACAAUUGAGCCGUACGGAACUUCUUAUGAAGGAAGAGAAAUGAAAGCAAUCAUUCUGUCGAAAAAAUCUGGCAAUCCGGGAAUUUUCCUGGAGUCACAUAUUCAUGCUCGCGAAUGGAUCACAUCGGCUACUGCGACUUGGAUCUUGAAUGAGCUGCUAACAUCAUCCAAUCCAGUGGUUCAGUAUUUGGGGGAAAAUUACGAUUGGUAUAUCCUACCGGUGGUUAAUCCGGAUGGUUUACACUACACGAAGGAGGUUAACCGAUUGUGGAGGAAGAAUCGUUACCCUCACAACAUAUUGUGCUAUGGAGUUGAUUUAAAUCGCAAUUUUCCAGGGCAUUGGAUGGAGGGCGGAGCUUCCAAUAUUCCUUGCUCAGAUGUUUUCGCUGGACCACAGCCUGCGUCCGAAAUUGAGACCCAGAACGUUAUGAACUACUUUUUGAAGUAUAAAGCCAACAUUGAACUAUAUUUAUCGUUCCAUUCCUACGGCCAUUAUAUGCUUUUCCCUUACGGCUUCGAAAAUGCAGAUAAAUCCGAUAACUACUAUGACUGGAUGGAAAUUGCGGAGGCUGCUGCAAUCGCUCUUUCACAGCGGCAUGGAACACUGUAUCAAAUUGGUACAACGGCAGAUGUGUUGUAUAUUGCUUCGGGAUUGUCCAUCGAUUGGGCUCAUUCCGAGCACAAUACCCCGAUUGCUGUGACGUACGAAUUCCGAGAUAAAGGGAAGGACGGAUUCAUACUGCCCGCAAAUCAAAUCAUCCCAAAUGCCCAGGAGGUGCUAGACUCGUUGAUUAUUUUUAUCGCGAAAGCAGUAGAAUUGGGAUAUUUCGUACGACGUGACUGAAUCGUGGCGUACUUUUGAGACUGAUAAGAUUAUGAAAUUAAAGUUGUAAACUAAUCAGUAGCGCUGUUGAUUGUAGUAUAAUGUGUUUUACGAAA